CACGCGCUCCCCUCUGUCAUGUUCUGGAGGCUGGGACAACGAAGUCCGUGCAUGUUCGACGACAAUUUCGGAUUUUGCUGGGUGUUUCUUUUUGUGUCUGUUGUCGCUGUUCUGCUCGCAAUGUCCACGAACGCUGAUGAUAGCGAGGGUGCGAAAUAUGCAUCUGUUGAUUUCGAGAUAUUUGGAAACGUGCAGGGAGUUUGCUUCAGAAUGUAUACGGAGGAUCAUGGCAAAAAGCUGGGCGUUAACGGCUGGGUGAAGAAUACUCGACAGGGAACGGUGAUCGGUCAGGUGCAAGGACCACCGGACAAGAUCAAGGAGAUGAAGGCGUGGCUGAGCAGAGUGGGCAGUCCCAGCUCCCGCAUCGACCGUGCCGAGUUCACCAAUGAGAAGGACAUCUCCAAACUGGAGAUCCACGGCUUCGGCACCCGUUAUUGAAACACAGUCCCCCACCCCCCCACCCCCCACCCCCGAAACACAACACUGAAUAAGGGACGACACGGUUAACUGUAGUCUUGCUCAAGUACUGUAGAUUUUUCAAUGGUAGCAGCUCUAUGGAAGACCAUUUGAAGAGUUUGGUUACAAAACGCUAUAUCCACCAUUUUAAUGAAUUUUCAUAAAUAUUUUUUUUACAUUUUGCAAGUAAUUACAGCCGAACUGUAUUGGUUUAUGUUUAGUUGAUUUAUCUUUACUCAAUCAAAACAAAACAACUGCAUUUUUUUAUUGAUAUUACCUGAAAUACACAAUUAAAUAACAUGACUUUUUCAUGUUUUUAAAAAUGGAUAUAUAGCGUUUUGGAAUCAAACUCUUCAUUUUCAGUUCUUUGGUAGAAUUGAAAAAUGAAGACAAUUCUUUCGUAGCAGCACUAUUGAAGACAAUUACUAACGUGUGAUAUGCCUAAUGUCCAACCUUCAAUAUGGGAAUCUUUGAGUACAAAAGUACAGAUGUUCAAACUUUGAUUCGUCUCAUAAUCUUUAUAUCUUACUAUUAAUCUUGAGCACUUUAAAAUGGCACUUUAAUAUUAUUUUGAUAUUUCUCUGUCACUAUUACUGAAAUGUUACAGGUGAAGAAACGUGCCUUUGGACAGUAAUGGACAGUGUGGGUGGAAAUGCAGCUACAGGUAUAUGCAGAAAAAUAAAUGCAAGAAAAUGCACUCUUAUCUGACUAACUGGAAAAAAAAAACUUAAGUUUGCACUAUCUAGCUCUUCCUGAGGUCACUGCUAAUGGCUGUUGUGACAGCAAGAAGUUCAUUAAAAAAUGAUAAAUGUAAGGAGAGGUCUAUUUAUUUGUGUAGUAUGGGUAGUAUGGGUAUGGGUUAUUAAAUUGAAAUGUAAUGUCAUGAAACGUGCCAAAAUGUUACCCUGGAAAAUGCACAUAAAAAAAUAAAAUAUCAG